AGAUCGCUGGUUAGUCCCCAGAAUGUCUCGUGAUUUAUGACCACAUUUUCUUACACAUUCACGGCAAAUUUAAACGUGUUUUCUUAACAUCAGUGUUGACGACAUGCAUUAAAACCUGCUAACAGCUUGAGAAAUGGUUUCCCGAACCCGUCAGACACCCAGCUGAGGUAUAGCAAAUAUAUCACUAACUUCAUCUUCUCGGCCUCUAUUGUGCAUUGCGGAUCCUCGGUUUUUCCGGUUCAGUUUAUGGCCCGCGCUUCAGCUUCAUGUUGAGCUAUAGGAGAAGAACCUCGGUCGGUAACUUUCAGUACAGACCGAGUAGACGAGGCUGGUAAGAGGUUUACAUUUCCCUGUCUGAUUAUCUUUCAUGUUUUGGAUGAACUCACACUUAGAAGCGCUUUAUCUCAGAGACAUCAUGCUAAAGUGAGGUUCUGUUAAACGGAAAAUUGAACUAAAUGUUACUUUUCUUCUCCUUCUGUUGUCUAGUUACACAUUUUAUGUCGUAGCGAUGGAUCAUGGGAAUCCACCGCUUAACAGCUCCACACUUCAUGUAAACAUCACUGUUGUGGAUGAAAAUGACAACAAUCCCAAGUUUGAGCAAGCUAUGUACAGUGUGGAGGUUUGGGAAAAUGAAACGAUAGGUGGUCACGUGGUACAGGUCAAGGCAACCGAGCGAGACUCGGCCACAGGUUCCCGCAUUGGAUAUAACAUCUCUGCUGGUGAUCCACACGGACAGUUUAAGAUUUUCCAUACCUCAGGAAAAAUCGUAGUACAGAAGCCACUGGACAGAGAAAUCAUACCAAACUAUACGCUACGUGUAACAGCAACAGACAACGGAAAUCCUCCAAGAUACGGCGAAACAUCGGUUACCGUUCUACUCAGAGAUGUCAAUGAUCGCACUCCAGUUUUUCAGUUCCAGGAUUAUCAGAGUGAAGUAAAAGAAGACAGUCCUGUAGGUUCAACUGUCACAACAGUGCAAGCAACUGAUAUGGACAGUGCUGAGAACACAGUGCUCACAUAUAGCAUCGCUAGCGGUGACCCAGACGAUCACUUGAACAUUAAGACCGUCAAAAAGGAUGGAAAAUACUUAGGAGUUGUAACUGUGAAAAAUGUGUUGGAUAGAGAGACCAAGGACCUCUACAAAGUAGUUGUGCAAGUCUCAGACGGUCUCCAUAACAGUAGUGUUAUGCUGGAAGUGCGACUGACAGAUGUCAAUGAUCGUGAUCCGGAAUUCAACUCCUCCUUACAAUACUCAGCAGAUGUGGCCAAGGCUGAGUGUCUGUAUUAUGAAGGAUGUCCGUAUUGUAGCGGAAGAUAUGAUAUGAGCACUGGUUUCUCUCGGACCAAGUGA